UGAACCCGAAGGCGUUUUAAAGCACAAACAGACUGAUCAGUCGAAUCGGUGACUAGUGGAAGAUUUUCACUCAGGAAGAAGAGAGUAGCAGUGGAACACCUUCAGGGAAGAACACACCCAGAAAAAGAGUGUCACUAACUUACCGUUUAACUCGGAGUGAAAAGAAAGGAAGAGCUCGGGUUGUAACACAUUUGCAGAUUGAUCGGUGGUGAGGUGACUCCACUCCAGGUGAACGGUGAUGCAGUGUGAUUGACCUGUCUGUGGAUACGGUUUCGUAACUGGGCAGCAUCGGCUGAUUUUACACUGAUGGACGAUGAAAAGUCAGGAGGAAUGCUGAGCAGCUUUUUCAGGCGCUCUCCCAAACCGGCUCAGAACUGCACUCAUGACCAGGGUGCUGGGAGCUCAGACAUCACAGAGAAGAAAGACCGUGCAGAUGAAACUCCUCUCGUCCCUCCAAGACCCAGUGAGGAGGAGCUCAGAAAGACCAUCUCACACCGUCUGAGUCUGAAUCCAACCGACGCGGAUCAUAAUCAGGAUUCUGUUGUGUCUGGUAACAAACAGCAGGUCAAAGGAGGUGAAGAUAUAGGAGGUCAGGAUGACAGUGACAAGCAUGUGAACGAAGCAGCCGCUGCAGUCGAGAGAGAAAAAAUACCGCCAAAGAAAAAGAAUGUAAAGAAAAAGAAGAAUCCCUUCAUGCCUCAUGUGACAUCUAAGAGUAAAAUGGUUCAGAAGAAGAGCGGAGAAGAUGGCAAUGAUGAUGUAGAGAAGAAUUCGCUCAUGGAGCAGCUGAACGGGUUUCGUCUGGAACGAGUUCACAGCGAAGACGAGGAGGAUCUUGACAGCCUCAUGGAGUGGUGGAGCACGGUCCAACAAUGGGAGCCGAUGUUCAAAGAUGAAGAUAUGACAGAAAAAGAGGAGGCUAAGACAUUUGCACUAACAGCUGAAAAGGUGCAACGCGGCAUUCGCGUGUUUAACCAGCUGUUUUCAGAGCGAGCAGAAGCUCUUUGGCAGCACAUCAUUGACCUCAACCUCAUCGCCGACGGUCUGGACCGCUUCAACAAAAGGGCCAAAGUGGCCCAGAUCACAGGUGGCUCCACCAGCGCUAUUGGGGGUGUGGCCACUAUAACAGGCCUCGCCCUGGCGCCUGUUACAAUGGGAACAUCCCUGAUUGUCACAGCAGUGGGCCUGGGCGUGGCUGCAGCAGGCGGGUUAACAUCGGCCUCGGCCAGUAUCUCCAACACCGUCCAUGGCUCGAUGGACCGCAAGAAAGUGGAGCGUAUCGUGAAGGACUUCCAGAGCAAGAUGGCCGACAUCGACAAAUGCACACGAUUCAUCAAACGAGGCAUCGAGAACCUGCGAGAGUUAAAUGCUCCCAAGGUGAAAAAGCUAAAGGCGUACGAUAGCGAUUUCUCCGGAAUCAACAAUAUCUACGAGGACGGCGUCAUGGCGGGCAAAGCAGUGCUUAUCAACGCCAAUGAGAUCACCAGGUUCACACAAGUCGCCAUGGCAACAGGUGGCACAGCAGCCAGAGCAGUUCAGGUUGCAGCCAUGGCGACGGGCGUCCUCACCGGUCUCUUUGUUGCCAUGGAUGUUUACUUCGUGGCAAAGGACUCUCAUGAACUUAGGAAAGGAGCCAAGUCGGAAUUUGCCAGAAAGAUCAGGGAUGUGGCAGAGCAGCUGCAUCAAGGACUGGUGGAGCUCAAUAUGAUCCGAGAGGAGCUGCAGUGUUCCAACACCUCCACGAUCUCCAUCUCCAGCCCCUCAUCCUCCAUUUCCACCUCAACCGCCCUGUCCUCCUCUUCAUCCACCUCUGGCACCUCCAUCUCUUCCUCUACUUUUCCCUGCGUUUCCUCUUCUCUGUCACAGAACACUGAAGCACAGGCAGAAGCUCAAACUCAGUCCUGACACAGUCCUGUCUUAAAUGAAUCGUAUGUCCUCCUCUUCCAUCUCCAAACGGCACUCCUCCAUUUUCUCAAUGUCCUUAUCCAAAACCUGCACCUUCUUACUCUCCUCCACGAGCUUCUCCACUGCAAACACACUCCUACAAAAAGAAUUAACAAUGCCACUGCUAUCUUCUACACCUUCUCCUCAGCAUCCUCCUGAAUCUCUUCCCGGUAAAAAAAAAAAAAAAAAAAAGAAAGAAAAACAAA